AUGACCGGCGAAGGGACGGCCACGGUGCCAUCUGCCAAGGCCAGCCCGGCUUGCAACCUGAUCGGCCUCACCAACAUUCAAAUUCGAACGGUCACUAUCUGUAUUGCUGGUCCCGCUGUCAUCGCCUUUGGCGCCUACUCGUUGUAUUGUGCAACACUGCUCGCCUGCUUCGCCAUGUUCAUAUGCGGCAUCGAGUGGAACGGAGUUAAGCGCCACCUCAAGGUGGCACUGCUCAUGUCAAUGAGAAAUGCAGCGACGUCAACGUCGCAAUCGCCUCACAUCGAAGGGGAACCACUCUACCCCGAGGUGUACGCCCUGCCAGUGGUCCCCAUCACCCUCUACAACGCUCUGAAGCACCUAGGCUGGGUGCUGCUGUCGUCUGCUGCCUACAUUGGCGAAGAGGCGUUUCUUUUGAUGCUCGAGUUCUGCUUCCUCGUCUUCGUCGUUGUGACGCUAGUGGCGCAUAAUCGUCUGAAGCUCAAUGUGGAGCACGCGUUGGAGCGUCUGUGCCAGCAGCUAUCCUUCUGCUUGCAGAACAGCUCACGGGGGGUGGUCGGCCACGUUGGUAGAUGCGGUGGUGUCUUCACCGCCGCGGCAGCACUCAAUGCUGGGCCGGACCUCUCUCUGGCAAACCAAAGAGAGACGAAGGAAGCGCUGGUGGCCAAGGCACAGCGUGACUACUUUCUCUUGACCGAACUGCAGAUGAUUGCAGAGCGGCAGCCAGCGGAGCAGCUCCUUGAUUUCUGCCUCGACAUUUUUGGCAUGUUAUGGAUUGCUGGUCUCACUACCCCUCUUUGUGUGUACCACAUCACGAACGUCGGCUUGCCGUGGGCUGCCUCAACGUUAAUUAGCAACUUCGUGAACGACAUUUUCGCCCUGGUGGUGGGGCGCAGCCUCAAAGCGCUGCGAGAGCGAUACGGGCGGAUCUACGACGUAACUAGCGAGGAUCCUCCAGCCAGUGGGGCGGCGAACCAGCCGGGGAAGCGACCGCUAACGGAGGCGAGUAGGUUCAUGCGGGUGCUGCUGCGCAGCCCACACCCGCUCUAUCCUGACAUUAGCCCGAACAAGUCAGUUGAAGGUGCUGCGGCAGGCGUGGUCAUGAAUGCAGUGAGCUUUGCUGGCCUCAUGUUCUGGUUUUACCGGACGUUGUUUGCUGCACCGGCGCCAAACAUUGUGAACCCCGCAUACCAGAGCGUUGCUCUGUGGCUACUUCUCGGCGUCAUCAUGGGCGUGCUCGGCGUGUGCGGGGAUCUACUGCAGUCCCUGCUUAAGCGUGCUGCGCGCUUGAAGGAUACUGGCGUCAUUAUCCCCGGACAUGGUGGCCUGCUGGAUCGUGUGGACGGUAUGUUACUUGUGUUUCCGUUCAUGCACUGUGCCCUGCGUAUCAUAAUGAGACUAUCCAGCGACUUGUGA